GCAAGGGUUUUCAUCACCCUUUAAUAUUCACCGAAGUUCGUCAAGGUUUGUGGAUGCAUUAAUAGGUCAAAGGACGUCUUGGCAAAAAGAUAGGUGAUGAAAGCCACUCAUAAAACAAGCAAAGCCCAGCCAAUUGCCAUGAGCAGUGAGCUGAACGUGCCCAUGGGCUCCCCAGCCCCAGGGGGCUCUGAGCAGAUGACGGAGGGUGGAGGGAUGGACUACAGGGACUGGGUGCGCCGCAGCUACCUGGAGCUGGUCACCUCCAACCACCACUCUGUGCAGGCCCUGUCUUGGAGGAAGCUCUACUUGAGCCGGGCCAAACUGAAAGCCUCCAGCCGCACUUCUGCCCUGCUCUCUGGCUUCGCUAUGGUGGCCAUGGUGGAGGUCCAGCUGGAGAUGCAGUACAACUACCCGCGCAUGCUCCUUAUGGCCUUUAGCGUGUGCACUACGGUGCUGGUGGCUGUGCACCUGUUCGCCCUGCUCAUCAGCACAUGCAUCCUACCCAACGUGGAGGCAGUCAGCAAUAUCCACAACCUCAACUCAGUCAGCGAGUCACCCCACGAGCGCAUGCACCACUACAUCGAGCUGGCCUGGGGCUUCUCCACUGCCCUGGGCAUCCUGCUUUUCCUGGCCGAGGUGGUGCUGCUCUGCUGGAUCAAGUUCCUGCCUGUGGACUCUAGUUCCACCAACCAGGUGGCGGUGGCUGCCGCCGAGCUGGCACUAUCCAAGCUGAACUGUAGCGGCCCCGCCGUGCCGCCCAAGCCCACCCCUCUCCAUGGGCAUAGUGGCUGGCAGGCAGCCCUGGCCUCCACCAUCAUCAUGGUGCCGGUGGGGGUGAUCUUUGUGGUAUUCACCAUCCACUUCUACCACUCGCUGGUGAGCCACAAGACAGAGCGCCACCACAAGGAGAUCGAGGAACUGCACAAUAUUAAGGUGCAGCUGGACGGGUGCGAGAGAGGCCUACAGGCAGUGUGAUCUCUUAAGCUUUUCUCUCUGUGCUCUUCCUGUCCACUCUCAAUGCCUUCUCACAUUGUUGAGAAGCACCAAAAUUCCACUGAAUAAGUGGGAGGAUUAAGGAUUUCCUUAUCCCUUAUUUAUCAAGCACCCGUCCCUAUUCAGCCUCUAGCCUGUUCAUUGUUAGUGCCUUCCUUAAACUUUUUGGCAAAGAGCCCCAAAACUCCACUUAAUGUGUGGGAAGUUUAAGGAAUUCUCAACACUACUAAAUUAUGGAGGUCAAAGUUUAUAGUAUGUUUGUUUGAUUUGGAAAAGAAUAUCUUGUCUCUGUGAGAGAAUAUCUUAAGUGCUAUUUUGUUAGUUGUUCAUUUGUGCCAUCUCUCCACAUUUCAUAAAGGAAGUGGUGUCAACCCUCCCCUCAUGUGCUUAACUUGUUCUCACAAGGCUGUUAUUGUGGUCAUGCUAGGCUAUAAUCAACACUGAGACCGGAGUUGUAAGUAGAUGCAGAAGCUGGUGGAAACAGAAGUCCAUUUACUUUUGAAGUUGUUCAUGCUGCACCAAACAGUGUGUAAUGUACACUCCCCUCCGUAUGUACACUGAACAAAAAUAACUGAACAGAAAUAUAAACACAACAUGCAACAA